AUGUCUGCACCUGCAAUGGAGGCCCAAGAGCCUCUGCUCCUUGCCCUUUGGCGGCGAUGCAGUGAAGUGGCGGCAGAGCAUAACAUCUCACAAUCUACCCUCUCUGCCGCUGGCACAGUUGUUGCUAUCAUCGCCGCUACCUUGAUUCUUCGCAUCACCAACGCCAUUGCUGCAGCUUCCGUUUCAGCAGCCACCAGCCGUGCACGCAAGUACACCGUUCACUCACCCAAGGUCCCCGAGCCGUACACCACCGUCGAUAUCCCCUCUGUCAAGGUCUCUGGUAGCUCCGCAGUUCAAUGUUAUGCUCCAGCUACUGGUCAGUUCUUAGGACACAUCAACCCUUCUACACCCGCAGCCAUCGAUCGCGCAGUUUCUGCUGCUGCGACUGCGCAGAAGAAAUGGGCUGAGGCUACAUUUGACGAGCGCCGUGCCGUAUUGCAGUCGCUAUUACAGCAUGUCCUCGACAAUGCCGAGGAAAUUGUCAAGAUUGCUUGUCUCGACAGUGGAAAAACUAUGGUGGAUGCCCAGCUUGGAGAAAUUCUCGUUACAGCCGAGAAGCUUAAGUGGACGCUAUCCCAUGGCGAACAGGCGCUGCGCCCUUCGCGCCGUCCUACCAACUUCCUCAUGAUGUACAAGCGUAAUACAGUUCACUACGAGCCUCUUGGUGUUGUUGCUGCCCUGGUCAGCUGGAAUUACCCUUUCCACAAUUUCAUUGGUCCCGUUAUCAGUGCUCUCUUCGCCGGCAACGGUAUUCUCGUCAAAGUUUCUGAGCAGACGGCUUGGUCCAGUCAGUAUUUUACCAAUAUUGCUCGCGGCGCUCUCAUUGCUCACGGACAUGAUCCUCAACUUGUCCAAACCAUCGUCUGCUGGCCCCAGGCUGCUGGCCACCUCACUUCCCACCCUGGCAUCAGCCACAUCACAUUUAUAGGAUCGCAAUCUGUUGCUCACCAUGUCGCUGCUAGCGCAGCUAAGAGCCUUACUCCUGUUGUUGCCGAACUCGGCGGCAAGGACCCCUUUAUUGUUCUGGACUCCGCAUCUCGCGAUCUCAAGCGUAUCGCUGAAGUUAUUCUUCGCGGAACCUUCCAAGCCGCUGGUCAGAACUGCAUCGGUAUCGAGCGAGUCAUUGCUCCUAGUGCUAUCCACGACAAGCUUGUCGAAAUACUUUCUCCCCGUGUCAACGCUUUGCGACUAGGCCCCGAUGUAGAUAUGGGUGCCAUGAUCUCAGAUGCCUCAUUUGACCGCCUUGAGGAACUCAUUGCCGAAGCUGUUUCUCAAGGUGCCCGUCUGCUCGCUGGCGGCAAGCGUUACAACCACCCUGAAUACCCCAAUGGCCACUACUUCCAGCCGACUUUCCUCGCCGACGUCACCCCUGAUAUGCGCAUCGCACAAAACGAGUGCUUCGCUCCUGUUCUUACCCUUCUCCGUGCAAACUCGUCCUCCCCUGAAGAUAUACUCUCUAUCGCCAACGCACCCAACUUUGGCCUUGGUGCCUCCGUCCACGGCUCUGAGCGUGAUCCCAGCCUUCAACCUAUCGUUAAGGGACUUCGCGCUGGUAUGGUCGCUGUCAACGACUUUGCAGUCUACUAUGCUGUCCAGCUGCCUUUUGGCGGCGUCGGCGGUUCUGGUUAUGGUCGCUUCGCAGGCGAAGAAGGCCUACGAGGACUUUGCAAUGCAAAAGCUGUCUGUGAGGACCGCUUUGGUUGGUUGGGCAUACGCACCGGCAUCCCACCACCAGUGCAGUAUCCCAUCAAGAGCCAACCUGACAGUUGGAAGUUUACCCACGGCGUUGUUGAACUUGGCUAUGGCGCCCCUAUUAGGAAGCUCAAAGGCCUUGGCAAGAUCCUGCAGAACAUGUGA